UCCUAACGAGCAGCCGGCGUGCGAGCCGCGUCUUCGGUGGAACCUCGCUCCUCGCUCGCGAUCCAGUCGAUCUUUAACAAGUGUGCGCCUCCGCGCGCGUGUUCGAUCUCCGCGUCCCGAUCUCCGUAUCCGACCCGAUCCACCGAUAUUACAACGUUUUCUUUUUCUUUUUUCUUCGGCGUCGCGCGACCGCGUACAUCCGCGGACGGUCACUCGGGAAGAUUCGAUUUUUAGGUGCGAUCAAAGAUCGGUCGAAAGCGAGCCGUGGCGACCUAGAAGUGUCCGCGAUCGAUCCCGAGGAUUCUGACAGCAGUGCUGGUUACACCGUGAUCCAUCCGUGAGCCUCCUCCGGAAGCCAGUGCGGAGACAUGUGACGGGAGGGUGUCGAUCGUGCGUCGACCAUAAAUCUCGGAACCAGUGCGGAAUCCGUGUACCGAUACACACCUCCUUCACGGGGAUACUUGUAACCGUAUAGCUCGGUUCGAAAGUACUUCGACGGUCUUAGCCGUGUGGAUAUAUAUGUAUAUAUAUAUAUAAACUUUGGUUUGGUGCGUUCUCACAUGCCACGGGCCCGCCGUUGCUCCUCCCUCCGUCGACGGAAGUGUGUGCGAUGAAUUGUUUUCGUUUCUGUGAUUUAUCGUCCCGCGGAAGUGAUUGAACGGGGAUCGAAGUCAACUGUAUACGUGUUCACCGCGCCGAAAGUGGCCGUUCUACCAGAAUAAAUCACGUUCGCCGCUCGAAUAGGAAUGCCAGAACAAUUAAAGAUCAUAUAAUAUAUAUAAUAAUAUAUAUAAUAACAAUAUAUAUAAUAAUAUAUAAUAUAAUAAUAUAAUAAGAUCAUAUAAAUUCGAAGUAUGCACGUAAUUCCGACGGCGAUAUUCAAGAGGACGGGCGCAUUCAGUGAAUAGAACAGAUCGUGAAGACGUGUUCGAUAACUACCUCGAAGAGUUCUCGCGCGUCUUCGAGUGCGUGAUUCACCAUAGUGCAAAUUUUUCGAACACUCGGAACAGAGAUUAAUCUGAAGAGAAAUUAUUCGGUAUAGAAAUUGUUCGGAAGAGAAACCGCUAUAUAUCGAUGCCUCUGUACGCUAUCACAGCCUAGUGAAGCACAGAUCUUGCAUCGAUCGCUGCAGAAAUCCUGCUAAUUGCUACUGAAUAGCGCACUCUUAUCGAUCGGAGAUCCAACAAAUGCGAAGAAUUCGGGACUUCGGUCUCGUCGAAGUUCACCGUGUGCGUCGCGAUAAAGGGACUGAAUAACGUGAUCUCGGCGAGUGUUCCUCCGUAGAAAGUGUGUGAAUUCUACCGAGCAAAUUCCCGGGAAGCUCGGCGUGGAAGAAAAUGAAGACCGGUGGUGGGUACGUGUUUCCUUAAAACUAACUUCGCUGCCCGCGAAGGUUGUCCGUGUAAUCCCUUCCGGAGCCGAUCGGAAGGACCGUUCUCCUCUGUGCCGGAAGCCGAGAUUACGGAAGCAUCGAGUGGAAGAGCACAGAAGAGAGAACAGAGAGAGAGAGAGAGAGAGAGAGAGAAGACAUAACUGAUCGCGAAAAGAUUCGACUAAAGGAUCUGAUCACCGAUCAUAAGGUUCGGGAACCAAGGAUAACCUGCGUAACCGAUCAGGAGAACAGAGGCACCGAGUCCCAAAUUUCUAAACAGAGAUGAGUUGAGGAUCGGCUACAAUGUUGUAUCGUAUUUCGGCCGUGGUGGCCUCCAUUUUGGUUCACCAACUGCAGUGUCUGUAUGCCGCCGGUUCAAUAGGAGGUGCUAAGCCGUUUCCUGGACUGGAAAACCUGCCGAGGUCGUUCUGGCAUGAGCUCAGUUCGCCUUUUACCGAGGUAUACGAGGUGGAAAGCAUCGCGACGGAAACCGGUGGCACACCGGAGCCCAGGCCCUUUUUCGAAGAUUCGGAGAACAACAUUACCGUGCAGCUCGGUGCCGAUGUGUAUAUGCACUGUAGAGUACAAAACCUGCAGGAUACCCUUAAGGUGUCCUGGGUGCGCAGGCGAGGAGAAGAACUGCAUUUGCUCACCUACGGGUUGGACACGUACGCGAGCGACGCGAGGUUCUCUCUGAAGUUCGAACAACCGAACGAUUGGAGACUGCUUUUGAACUCGUCGACCGAACGCGAUGGCGGUCUCUACGAGUGUCAAGUCAGCGCUCAUCCUCCAUUAAUCAGAACUGUCCAUCUGACGGUGUCCG